CAUCACGAUUGCGGCCCCCCUCCAUUUCAGCCCGUCUCGAUCCACCCCAACAGGGCACACCAUAAGACGGUCCCAAUUGCGUACGCUCAUACGUCCAUCCACACCUGCAUACUAACCGCCUAUGCGUAUGCACGUGUAGGACCAUCCGACCAUCCCAUCUGGCCCGGCCCGGCACCGCCUAUCUUAACCUUCACUCCGGCAGGUCCGCAGACCAGCUCGACUUAGCGACUCCAGGUAUAUCGCCACACCUACACGCACUCGUACUUCUAUAGGAAAAGAGAAAAGGAGAAAAGUCUGGAGCCUGGCCGCAGCGAGAUAUCGAAUAAGGAAAUACAGAGCUGGUCUGAAGAAUUCAGCCCCAGAGUCCGUUCAGCACGCGCCGACCCCUAGACGACACCCAACCACCCCGAAGGCAACAUGGAUCGACCGACGGAGCAGAUACAAUCCGAAUUGGAGGCCUUCAGGAAGCAAUGGCAAGCCGAAGUGUCAGCUCGCACCAAGAAUGCGGCCGGUUCCUCGAAACCGCCCGCGUCCUUAACUCAGGCAGGCCCUUCCGCCCAGCCCACGAGAAGAAAUGAAUUUCCACACCAGCGGGCGGCUUCGAAGACUGCCCAGUUAGAGGAAGACGACGUCUACGUGAAGACGCAGUUGUUCGAGGAGACAUAUCCGGCCUCUUCUCCUAGAGGGCACAACUUUGGCCGGCCCGGCGAUGCUGCUACUACCGGCAAGGACCCGUCUGGGGCCCAGGAGCCGCGGACUGCUCUCGACUUCUACGAGGAGGCGGUCGAAAAGGAGACCACCGGCAAGCUCGGCGAUAGCCUACAGCUUUACCGGAAGGCUUUCCGGAUGGACGACAACGUCGAUCGAUCCUAUCGGGAAAAGCACUUCCCGGGUCGGUGGACGAGGUCAGCUCAGCUUCAGGCUCAGGCUCAUGCCCAGGCCAAUCCGUCUGGCGCUGCCGUCACCGUCCCGAACACCGCCCACCACUCCCUACAAGGACCCGCCCCACCCUCGGAUGCGGUCUCGGUGCCGGACCUCAUCGCUAGCUUCGCCGACUUCAAGAUCGAGGGGGCCCCGCCAGAGUGCGAGGGCAUGCCACCACCCCCCUGCCCGCUUGCAGCCCUUCCGAACGAGAUACUCGUACAUGUCCUACGCGACGUCGCCGUCGCCGACGUCGGGGACUUUGUCCGCCUGGCUAAGGUCUGCCGCGGUCUGGCGUACCUCGUAGCCACCGAGGACCACAUCUGGCGCCGGGUCUGCCUGGGCUCCGAGGUCGGCUUCGCUGCCAUGCAUUACCGCUGGCAGCUCGGCUUCCGGUGGGAACCCCUCGACGCGGUGCAAGAGCUCGCCGACGCCCAAGAGGAGGAGGGGGAAGUCGUCUACACGAUGGACGAGCUCGCCCGGCGGCGACUAGAGCGCAAUCAUGCCGCCACCUACGUGCUGUUGCAUAGCCUGUACGCGUCUUCGUGGCAGAUGAUGUUCCGCCGCCGACCGCGCGUCCGGUUCAACGGGUGCUACAUCAGCACUGUGAAUUACAUUCGCGCGGGGCAGGCCUCGGUGCACCAGAUCGCCUGGAACAGCCCCGUGCACAUUGUAACGUACUACCGGUACCUGCGGCUCUUCCGCGACGGCUCCGCCCUUAGCCUGCUCACUACCGAUGAGCCCGCCAGCGUCGUCCACCACCUCACAGUCGAGAACUGCCACCUGCACCGCCGACACGGCGGCGACGGCGCCAGCGCCCUCCGUGGCCGCUGGCGGCUCUCCUCCUCGUUGAGCGUGGGCGGUAGCGGUAGCGGUAGUGGCGACAAGAAGGUAGGCGGCGGCGUCGGCGGGGACGACACCGAGGGCUCUGAGGGCGACUUGUACAUCGAAACCGAGGGUGUUGGCGCCAAGUACAUGUAUAGGAUGGAGCUGACGUUCCACAGCGGCAGCGGUAGGACGGCGACCACGGCCACGCGGAUCAACAACAGGAGGCUCGCAUGGAAAGGGUUCUGGAGCUACAAUAUGCUCACCGACGACUGGGCCGAGUUCACGCUCAAAAACGAUAAGCCGUUCUUCUUCAGCCGGGUGAAGAGCUACGGAAGCGGGUACUAGGACCCGGAAAGUACGUCCGUCCGGCGAUAUGCUAAUAUGGGUACCUAAAGGGGGGGAGAGUAGACGGAUAAACAGAUGUACCAGGCCGAAGACGCAUAGUUGGACUUCGGUUCUUGGCUGGUGUCAUUAGAAGGGGCUUUCUAUAUUUUUAGGCAUUUUUGAGUCCGGGUCACGAGGGCCAACCGGGACCAUCUACCUACUUUUGGUGUAGACGCGACGAAUCAGCCACGUUGUCAGCAAGGCGCAGGAGAGGCAAAGAAAGAAAGAAAGGCGAAUCGGGACCAAGUAGGAGCAUAUAGUCAAGAUCCUAACAGCGAAAGAUGGCGUCAGGCAAUUUCGUUGCCAAACCCUGAAUCCCGAACGUCCUAGACCCUAGUAGUGAGCGCUGAUGCGAGUCGGAGGCUCAGAAUCCCACCCCCGUAUA